AUGACGUCCUCUAUUCCGCCUAAAGUCCACCCCGUAUCUCAAGCUGGCUUUGGAGCGACCAAAGCUGAGUUGUACGACGCGGUGCGCCCGUAUUAUCCGAAAGAAGUAGUGACUCAUAUCCGGACUGCACUCAGCGUAAAAGAUAAACUGAGAAUCGUAGAAAUCGCGAGUGGCACUGGGAAAUUUACCAAGUCACUUGUAGCGAACCUUGAGUGGAAGAAGUGUCUUGCGGAACUGAAAUGCGUGGAACCUAACGAAGGGAUGCGAGUUGUGUUUACGAGAACUAUGGACGAUCCUCGUGUCAGUCUGGCAAAUGGCACUUUUGAUAAUACGGGAGUACCGGAUAACUGGGCAGAUCUGGUCGUCGUUGCGACGGCCAUCCAUUGGUGCCUAGACUUUGAAGCAGCAAUGAAUGAGUUCGUACGUAUCCUGAAACCCGAUGGUGUCGUCUGCCUCGUUUGGAAUAUAGAAGACCCGUCUAGAGCCGCCUGGCUGAAACAGUGCUACGAUGCGUGUCUGCCGAAAAGAGAAAAUAGUCCAAGCAGUGGAAAGAACAUGGAACGAUGGCGCGAGAUUUUUGACCUGCCAGUAUACAAGCAAAACUUCGGGUCGCCUGAAGAGACAACUAUUAGGUAUUCCGAGCCGAGGACUCUCGACAGUAUAGUCGCACUUUUCAUGACCUGGAGCGGCAUAGCAGUCCUUCCCGAGGCUGAGAAGGAAGAAGUCAAAGAUCAGAUUAGGGCCAUGAUAAAACGUGGAGACGGGCUCGUCUGGAUUGACAAAGAACAAGGAAUUUUCGAAAUGCCAUUCGUGUCGCAAAGUGUAAUUUUCAAGAGAGCAAGUAGUCCAGGAGAUAGCAGAACGUCAACAACUGCCAGACUGUAA